CUGCAGAAAAGGAGCCGCGCUGGCCAGCCAGGGGCUAGGAAACAAAAGGCCUGGCCUGGGAGGAGGAGAGGAAGAGGAGAGGAGAGCGCUUGUUGUUGUGGUGAGGUUUGGAGCAGAGAUCUGCGCUCCAUCUCUCCAAUUCCCCGCAUCCUUGCCCGACGACCGGUCCCGCCUGAUGGAGCCCAUCAGGGUGGGCGCCGAGCAGGCUCCCUGCGAGGAAGCUUUUUGCAGCUCGCUGCUGGACGACAUCAAGCAGAGGCUGCUGCACGCCUUCCGGGGACCGGGGGGAGACGCCGCGCCCCAGCAGCUGCUGAUGCUGUCCAGGCCCGCGGCGCCUUGCAAAGGCAGAGGGGUCGAGGUGGCCCGGGAGGAAGCGCGCAGGGCGCACGUCGAGGGCGCCAUUGCCUGGCUCCGUGUGGAAUUGUUGGAGAUGAAGUCGCAGAACCACAAGCUUGCCAAAACCUUGCUGGAUUUAAGCAUGGAAAUACAGAGGUUGAGAAACGAAGCUGACAUGCCAACUGCUCUAGAAUCAAAGGCCCCGAGCUUUGCUGCAAGCUCAGAAUAACGGAGCUGCGUUUCAGGGAGAAAGCCAGAAGACGCAACACACAAUCCCACCGGCGAGCCUGGCAAAAAUUGGAAGAUUAUGUUGCACAGUUAGGUCUGAAUUGGUCGGGGAGUAUGGCUUGAAUAUUAAUGAGAAUUUCCAUUAACUUGGCUGGAGAAGGAAUCUUAGUUAUUAUAUUAGAAUUCAGAGCCUCCUUUGGAGUAGAGGAAAGAAUGGGACACCUCCAAAGAAUGGAAUGUCUGCUUUACUUUUCAAAUGAUUGCUGCCUGUUUAAUCUGCUUAGUUCAGAACAAUCACCACCAGUCAGGUCACUGAAAAGAUGGGAGGGCAACCCACACACCCCACCCCUCUGAAAUGCAGUGGUUUGGCAGUUAUCUGGAUCCUCCAUUACGAAAGAGUGAAUGAACGGUGUCUGUUCCAGACCAAACAUUCAGGGCAGUUCCAGAUUGCCACUAGUAACUUUAGUGGGAUUCAGGUACAUGCCGACAAAUUCAGGUUGUGCAAUCCAAGACGGUUUAGCACUCUUGUGCAACGAGUCCACUUCUCCUGCAAAAGACUGAAUCCCUUGCAAUGAGGAAAGUGAUGGGGGGGGGGAAUACACAGGGAAGUGUUGGGUCACAUUGUCUUGAUGCAGUGCCGUCUAAGCCCCCUGAAAGCAAAUGUUCAAUAAAUAGCUGACAUUG